GGAGGAAGUAGCGACGCAAGAAACAACGAGCUCAUUUCUAGGGGGGGUUACGUGACAUAAGAUAACACCUGUGAUGCGAUGCCGUUAAAAUACAUAACGAGGAAGGAUAUGCCUUAAUGUAUUUCAUACCGGCUAAUUUUGAGGGCAGCCCUCGAGUACGUAGCUUGGUCGGACCUUUUCUGGUUUCCAUUCAUUCGUGAGGACAAAGCAGCGAAGACAGAGCCGCUCGCAUUCAAAGGGAACAGUUUGUUAGCAAACAGAAAUGUCAACGUUGCCAACAGCGGGUUAGCGCCAGUUCGUAACAUCAUGCCAGCUAGCUGCUCAGCAAAACAAGCUGAGGCCAGCAUCAGUGAGACGACCUCUCGCCCAUACGUCAUCCAGAUGAGGAAUGCAGGGAGUAUGCAGCCCGUGUACAGGCGAGAUGCUGGAGUCUGGCACCAAACAAGAAGUCUCCUCUACAAGAAUCUGCUCAUCAAAUGGAGGACCAAGCAACAGAGCCUUCAGGAAUUGAUCCUACCUCUGCUACUGUUGGGUCUGCUGAUUCUCAUCAGCACUUUGAAUCCUCACGUCUACUAUGGAGGCAUCAGCACUACAGAGCUGGAGCCCGACAACCCCUUCUUCAAGGGCCUGGGCUACACGCCGAUCACCAACGUCACCAAUCACAUCAUGGAGGAGGUGGCUCAGGAGAUGCACAUGCAGGAUCGCCUGGAGAUGUUUGCCAGCGAGGAGGAUCUGGAGAACGCCAGUCUGUACGAGCCCUCCAGCUACGUCGGUGUGGUGUUCAUGGACAGCUCGGCCACGUCUUACAGGCUGCGCUUCCCGUACAACCAGCUGCCCCUACCCAGCGAUUACACAGAAUCCAUUGCCAACUGCUUUACAAGUUCGGUGAACUGCAGAGCUGCUAAUUACUGGUACUCCGGCUUCACCCGCCUCCAGUCUCUGAUCGAUGCAGCCAUCAUCCAGAUGCAGACAAAGCGUUCGGUGUGGAGCGAGAUGGACCUAAAGGUGGUGAUGAUGGGUCAGCCCGGCUCUGUGGAGGUGCAGAAGUUCCCCCACGCCCUCAUCUCCAUCUACCUGGUCCUGGCUUUCACACCGUUCGUCACCUUCCUCAUCGUCAACGUGGCGGCUGAGAAGGAGCAUCGCCUGAAGGACACCAUGACCAUGAUGGGGCUUUACGACACUGCUUUCUGGUUAUCAUGGGGCCUCCUGUACGCUGCUCUGGUGACCACCAUGUCCAUCCUGAUGGCCGUCAUCGCCACCUUCACGGCACUGUUCCCCAACAGCGACUUCUUCGUCAUCUUCUUCCUCAUCUUCCUCUAUGGAAUAUCAUCUAUCUUUUUCUCCUUCAUGCUGACUCCGUUAUUUAAGAAGCCCAAGUUUGCCAGCACAGUGGGCUCCAUGCUGACGGUGGUGUUUGGCUGCCUGUCACUGUUCACUGUGCUGAUGAAGGACUUCCCACAGCCGCUGGUCUGGCUCCUCUGCCUGCUGUCCCCCAGCGCCUUCUCCAUCGGGAUUGCACAGGUGGUUUACCUGGAGGCACAGGGAGACGGUGCUGUGUUUUCCUCUUUGACCAAUGGCCCUCAUCCGCUGUACGUGCCCCUGCUCAUGCUGGUCAUAGACUGCGUCCUUUACCUUCUGCUGGCCAUCUACCUGGACCAGGUGCUGCCUGGUGAGUUUGGAAUGAGGAGGUCCUUGGUGUACUUCCUGAAGCCGUCCUAUUGGUCCAAACGCAGGAAGCGAUACGUGGAAGUGAGCUCGGUGUACGACACGGAGGUGAACGGCGCUCCUGGUGGUGACGAGUCUGUUGAGCCGGUUUCACCUGAGUUCAGAGGCAAAGAAGCCAUCCGCAUCAAUAACAUCCGCAAAGUGUACAAGGAGAAGGACAACAUCGUGGAGGCUCUGAGAGGUUUGACGUUCGACAUCUACGAAGGCCAGAUCACGGCUCUGCUUGGACACAGCGGCGCCGGAAAGUCCACUCUCAUGAACAUCCUGUGCGGCAUCUGCCCGCCCACCAACGGCACGGCCACCAUCUACGGCACCCCGGUGGCGGAGAUCGCAGACGGGUCAGAAAUGAAGCAGCUGGUGGGAAUCUGCCCCCAGUUCAACAUCAUCUUCGACGUGCUCACCGUGGAGGAGCACCUGCGGAUAUUUGCUGCCAUCAAAGGGAUCCCGCCCGCGGACAUCGAUGCUGAGGUUACCAAAGUGCUGAAGGAUCUGGACUUGGAGAAGAUCAUGACAGCUCAGGCUAAGAAUCUGAGCGGAGGCCAGAAGAGGAAGCUCUCCGUGGGCAUCGCCAUUCUAGGAGAUCCCAAGAUCCUGCUGUUGGAUGAGCCCACCGCAGGGAUGGACCCCUGCUCCAGGCACCAGGUCUGGUCUCUGCUGAAGAGCCGCCGAGCCGGCAGAGUCACGGUUCUGAGCACACACUACAUGGACGAGGCAGACAUCCUCGCUGAUCGCAAAGCUGUGAUCUCUCAAGGACAACUGAAAUGCGUCGGCUCUUCUCUGUAUCUGAAGAUCAAGUGUGGCGUAGGAUAUCAUCUCAGAAUGUCCAUCACUGAGGGAUGUGAAGCCGAAAAGAUCACGACUUUGGUGAAGCACCACGUUCCCAAAGCGAAGUUGUCCCGACAACACGAAGCAGAGCUGACUUACACUCUGCCUUUCGAGAGCAUGGACACAUUUCCAGGCUUGUUCUCGGAACUCGACGGUCAGUCCAACCUGGGCAUAAUCAACUAUGGCGUUUCCAUGACAACACUGGAAGAUGUUUUCCUUCGGUUGGAGGCCGAGGCUGAAGUGGAUCAAGCUGACUACAGCGUGUUCAAUCGGGAGCAGGCGGAGGACGAAUGCGACAACGCCUCCAUCGACGACACGGACCAGCGGCUGCUCACGUUCACGGACAGCAAGUCGGACGUGGUGUCGGGUCACGCUCUGUGGCGGCAGCAGUUCAGCACCGUGGCGUGGCUGCACAUGCUCAACAUGCGCAGGGAGAGGAAGGCCUUCGUUUACACCCUGGCCUUGUUCCUGGUGUUCGUCGCUGCAGUCCUCGUCCUGUCUCUGGCCACAGGAAACAUCCAGAUUCACUCCUCAGACCGCCAGUUUUCACCCAUUUACCUCCUCAAAAGGCACCAGGCACCUCGGAGAUACGCCACGAGCCUCCUGGUUCAGAACUCUUCAGGAUCUGAUAUUUCCGACUUCGUCCACAACCUGGAAUUGCAGGAUAUCAAAGUGGAAAUGAUGAAGCACAGCGACUACAUGGCUGCAGCUCCCCACAGCGCUGCCAUCAACGUAACAGGAUCCAGCAAGGGUUUCAGAUACAGCGUCGCUUUUAACAGCACCACCGUUCACUCCUUGCCCAUGGCUGUGAACAUACUGAGCAACGCUCUUCUACGAGGCCUGAAUGGCUCCGGACACAUCCGAACCUGGACCAAACCGUUUGAUUAUCAAAUCCCAGACGCCACAUCCUACGCUCUGGUGUACAUAGAGGCGAUCAUACUGGGAAUGCUGGCCGCUGGAAUGCCUGCGUAUUUUGCAAUGGACCACACUCGAGACCGAGAGAUCAAGUGUCGCUCCACUCUUCGUAUCUCCGGUUUGGUCCCAUCGGCCUACUGGUGCGGCCAGGCAGCGGUGGACAUCCCCUUCUACUACCUCAUCCUGUCCUGUAUGACCAUCAUCCUCUUCUCCUUCCACACUGGAAACUUGCUCACCUCCAGCAACCUCACCGCUGUGGUUCUCUGCACUGUGGGCUUCGGUCCGGCCAUGAUCCUCUUCACUUACGUGUUUUCUUUUGGCUUCGCUCGAGUCCAGAGCAACAGGGAUUUCUUCUCCGUCAUCUCCAUGAUGGUGUGUGUGGUGUCGGCCUCCGUGGUUCAGUUGUCAUUUGUGAACGACAACCCUGGACUGACGAGAAACCUGCACAAUAUCUUGUGCUUCUUCAACCCUCUGUAUCCUCUCAUGGGCUGCCUCAACUGCAUCACCAAGGCGACCUUCCUUCCUUCUCUGUACGAGGAGAACUUCUUGUGGAAGAACCUGCUCAUUUCAGUCGUGGCCCCGUAUCUCCAGUGCAUCCUUCUGCUUUUCCUGCUCCGCUGGCUGGAGAUCCAUUACGGAGGGAGGACGAUGAAAAACGAUCAGUUCUGCAGGAUUUCAUCUCAGCCGAAGCCCAAAGUGGAGAGAAACCCAGAAGACAGUCAGAAUGAGGAUGAGGAUGUUCAGAUGGAGAAGGCCAGAGUGAAGGAGGCCCUCACCUGUCAGGCCUGUGAAGAGAAACCCGUCGUGGUUGUGAGCAACCUGAGGAAGCAGUACAAGGGCAGAAGAGAAGGAUUUUCUUUCAGCAAGAGGAGCAAAGUGGCCACAAAGAACAUCUCCUUCUGCGUUCGCAAAGGUGAAGUUCUUGGACUGUUGGGCCCCAACGGAGCAGGAAAGAGCACCAUCAUGCACAUGUUGUCAGGUGACACGGACCCCACUGCCGGCCAGGUGCUGAUGGGCGACUACAGCACUGAGUUUCGACCAGUGGACAGUCCCCUGGAGCACGUGGGCUACUGUCCACAGGUGAACCCACUGUGGCCCAGGAUCACUCUGCAGGAGCAUCUGGAGAUCUACGCUGCCAUCAAAGGUCUGAAAGGGCAGGACGUACCAGGAAUCAUCAAACGUGUGGUGAACGCCCUGGAGCUCAAGGAUCACCUGAACAAACAAGCAAAGACUCUGUCAGCAGGACUGAAGCGAAAGCUGUGUUUUGCUUUGAGUAUGAUCGGGAAUCCUCAGAUCGUCCUACUGGAUGAACCGUCAUCAGGGAUGGAUCCCAAGUCUAAACAGCGCAUGUGGAGGGCCAUACGUGCUGCAUUCAAGAACCGUCAGCGAGGAGCCAUCCUCACCACACACUACAUGGAGGAGGCCGAGGCCGUGUGCGACCGUGUGGCCAUCAUGGUUUCUGGCCAGCUGAGAUGCAUCGGCUCCAUCCAGCAUUUAAAAGGGAAAUACGGUCGAGGUUACAGUUUGGAGGUGAAGCUCAGAGAGGAGCUGACGGGGCUCCAGCAGGUGGCGCUGCUGCACAAGGAGAUCCUCCGAAUCUUCCCUCACGCUGCCCGGCAGGAGAGCUUUGCCACUCUGAUGGUUUAUAAGAUCCCCAUGGAGGACGUCAAAUCACUGGCCAAGUCUUUCUCUCAGUUAGAAAGUGCCAAGCAAAACUUCAACUUUGAAGAAUACAACUUCUCCCAGUCGACUUUAGAGCAGGUGUUCAUGGAGUUCGCCAAGGAGCAGGAGAACGAGGAGGACGAGGUCGGCUCCCUCAGCACGACUUUCCAGUGGCAGCGGUUGCGCCAGGACGGCUCGGUCUCCGUCAACCACACAGACAGCAUCGUGCACCAGCUUUGAAGUGAGAGGGAGCGACCGGUCCGUCCCGGCCUGCCAGACUUCAGCGUCUGAGGGCUCACGCCAGCACUCGCCCGCUCCACGCAAACCCGACGCCCACCGCCCUUUACAGUGAACGAGACAGACGAUGGCGGGGGGGCUCACAUGCACCGAGGCUGACUGUGUGUGUGUGUGUGUGUGUUCGGGCUCAGGGCUGCUCUGGCCUCUUUUUGUGGCUCUGAGGCGUGCAUGUGUGAAGUAACCCUCGUCCACUUGGUGCUCCGUGUUUUCCGACCGACCGAGAGGCCUGCAGUCUUUCUCGACACGCUGAUGCGACACUUACUCCUCUUUCUAAUGGUGUUUUUUUUUUUUAAAUCUUCACAGGGAGUCAGUAAAUAGAAAAAAAAAACAACAACAUAUAAAUAAUAUAUGGUACGUAUGCUUUGUAAUCCUCUCCAUCCGUUCUCCUCAGCAGGAGGCGUUACAGUAAGCGUGUUUGCUCGUCUCUUGGGAUGUUUUCGUCUGUUGUGUUUGUGAAACAGUUUUUUUGUUUAUUUAAAAAAAAAAAAGAAAAAGAAAAAAAGCACUACCAGAACUGGAAUCCAUCCAUGAUCGUACCAAAGCAGCACAUCUCUGAACCACACACUACCACACCUCCUCACGUAUUGACACUAAGUACCUUUUCUUUGUUUUUUAGUGUCGGUAGCAUGUGCAUAAAUAGUUCUAUUAUCGACGUGGGGCAGCAGAGCGAGCGCCUAUGUGGUUAAGAAGAGAUGUUACAGCUCUCCACACAGUCUUUGGACCUUUAAAGAACUUUUAUUUUUUCUCAGAGGUUGAUCCUUUUCCCACAUUUUACACAUCCAGACCUACAUUUCAGCUACAUUCUCCAGGACUGAGUGUGAGAUGUUGGAAUGAGGGUUUUGGACAGGAGAUAUUUGCCCCCGUGGCCUUCCUCUCUGCGGGUUUAGCGUUAAGCUAGAACCCACAGUUUGGGAACGUAGAGUAGAAUAUGCACGCCAGUACAUGUAGCACACCGCCCUCGUCAGAUGUUAGCCGGGGCCGACAACCUCAGAUGUUGGAGAGGCGAAGCUCGAGGCCGCGUUCGGAUCCAGAAGGGGCUCGUUCUUUAUCUCUCAGCCGAGUUUUAUGAGGAUUUUUUUGAUAACAGAUUUUGAAUGUACGUUCGGCCUCCAGCGAGAGGAGGGUUUGUAAACUCAGUGACUUCCCGUCGUCACUCUGUUUCACUUUGGUGCCACUUUUGAUCACGCAGCUGUGUUUAGUUGACUCUUAUCUAGCUUAGUUGGUGUGUGUGGAUGUGUGUGUGUGUGUGUGUGUGUGUGUGUUUAUCGUGCUGUAUAUACUCCGUCUAGCUGCGGCUGUUUCUGCAUAAUCUAAUAUUUGUACAAGCAGGUGCGUUGUUGGUGCAAUACCUAUCAGCAAACCGACAAAUUGUAAUUUUUUCAUGACAUUCAGGUGAGCGGAUGUUUGGCUAAAGGGAAUUUUAAAAACACUUUUAUUGAACAGACUUGAGAAUUAUGUGACUUGUUGGGUUUAGUUUUACUUUGUUGACCAUUUUUUGACCUGGGAGGGCGCUGACGGAGCAGCUUCCUCACAUGAAGAGCCUUACUGUGUGGCAGCUGGUUUUAGGGGUGGACGGAUGAAAACCAAACACAAACUCAGACUUCACAACUCAACACGAUAAGUGUUGCUCGGUGAUAUAAUUGGAUUGAAUCACUGGUUUGUCGUCCACCUCUGCAGGACAGAGUAUCUUCUGCUUGUCAUUUACCAGCCGUGGAAACAGAAGCUGAAACUUAAUUUUGAAGACAACCUACAUUUUUGAUAAUGAAUUAUAUUGAUAUUUAUUUUCUCUCAUGUGCAACGCAGACUCACAGGUACUUUGUAGUUGUGGGUUUUUCAUGUGUGCGCAAGGUGUCGGGGAAAAGUUACCUUCAUGUGUUUAUGCAGUAGCUUCCACUAAUCUGUAACAGAUUUUAUUUGCAGUUUCAUUCUUCACCAGAGAGCUGAUUUAGUGAGAUUCAUGAAGUGUUUCAAGAAACAGACAUGCAUCACAUACACCGCAACACUUUACUAAAUAUUCAAACACACGAUACUUUACUGUACUUGAGAAAGCGAGUGGGAAUUUAGCUCAUGAACUACAUUGUUGGGCGUCCUUUUAAAUGUGAAAACUCUAAAGCCCUGUUGAUAUUUUUUGUCUUUUUGCACACAUGUAGCCUUGUUCCCUCAAAGUAAAAACACUGGCUCUGCUUUAAGUUGAACAUGUGCGGUGGGUAUCGAUGGGCGUGUCGCUUAUACACUAGAUUUCUUUUAUGUUCAUUUUCCCAAGUGCAAUGUCGGAUGUUUGCUUGCAAAAGCAAACAAGUGUUGGCUUUCUUUAAACGUGUGUUCUGUCGGUUUCAGUAACAUGUAGCCAUCCAGACAACAUCUGCUUCUUUUGCACGUCUCUAACCCCUGCUUCCACCACAGAAAACAUCACGUUCAGUUUAAAGUGUUUCACGUUAAAGAAUACGAAAAUAUUCUUCGGCUCUGUGGAAAAGGAGCAUUUAGACAAGUUGGCAGUGGAGCAGGUUUUGUUUUCUUUUUCCUGGUGGUGGUAAAGUUGCACUAUUUCUGGGAAAUUUUCUAACCUUUCUUUAUAUUAUGCAAUCUUUGUAAGUUUAUCUGUGCACUGAUUUUAUUUUUUAAAGACUGUGGUUUAGCUGUGUGCUGUAUUUUCCUCUUGUGCCGCCCUCCCCAUGUCUGAAUGGACACUCUGUGGUCUGUACACGACCUUUUCAUGAUUAAAUGUUAAUCCGAAUCAUU